ACAUACACAAAUUCAAGUUCACGAUCGGAUCGACAUACCAAAACACUUUCAAGAAGACGCUGCUUUCAAUCGACUCUCUCUCUCUCUUCAACAACAUGUCAAUCUUCGGUCGAAGUAGCUCGUCUGCUCCUGCUCCAAGCGCACCAUCAAACAUCGAUGCCGCCGCUACCGAAUUGGAAAUGGUCUCAGAUCUCUUCAACCGGUUGGUAAGAUCUUGUCAUGGCAAGUGCAUCGGAAAUCGGUAUUUGGAAGCCGAUUUGACGAAGGGAGAAAGCACCUGUAUCGAUCGAUGUGUGGAUAAAUUCUUCAAUGUGAAUACUAAGGUCGGCGAACGGAUCCAAGCUAAAGGCGCCGCCAGUCAAUUGUCUCAAUCAUAAUCUUGCUCAUUUUCCAUCCACAUACACAAAAAAGAUUAAAUUCGAACAAAACAAAAAAACAAUCCCUUAGCAAGAUUUCAGUUUGGCAAUGAUUAGACUACUAGGAUGCUCACUAUAAUAGAUCAACGGUGCAUUUUCAGAAGAAGAUGUACCGCAUGUUCGUCUUUUUUUUUAUCACCAUGUGUCGAUUGAAAUGAUAUCCAUUGAGCUAUAACCCGA